AUGAAAGAAAUGAAUAACGACAUUCAAAAGUUCGCGCAGGAUAUUGAGAAAAUCAGAACAUGGAAAUAUAUAUAUGAGAAAAAAAUAGAAUUGUUUUAUUUAAAAAAGUUAAUUCAAAAAGAAAUGUCAAUGAUAACAGUUGAUGACAGCGCGAAGAAAACCGAAUGUGAAAGUGGAAGAAAUAAAACAAUGGUGUUGAAUUUGAACAGAGAUCACAAGGAAACACCACCGACUAGUGCAAGCGCAGGAAAAAGUAAAUUGUCCUUUUUUUUAGCUUCCUCCUUAUCGUACGACAAUUAUUUUAAUUUGAAAAAAACUGAAAAAAAUGGAACAAAAGUGUUUGAGAAGGAAGAAGAAAAGAAUAAAAUUUUAAGCACAAUGGAGGAGUACUCUUUGUCUGAGAAAAAUAAUCAAAAUAUGGACAAAAUGAAUGGCAUUAAAAAAAAAAUAUAUUUUGGAAAUACAGAAAAUUUUACAAAUCCUGAAAUGGAUACUAGGAAUAAUUUGAAAAGUUGUGUAAAUAAAUCGUCAAAGGAAUUUAAGAAAGGUGUAAAUGAAAAUAUAGACCAAGUGGACAUAUCUCAAAAUAAAGUAGAAGACGUAACAGAUGCUCUUGUGCAUUUACAUACAGACUAUUUAAGCACAGUUCCUAAUGAAAACAUGAAGGAGGAGGAUUACGAUCCACUUAAUAAGGAGACGAAAUGUAGCUUUAUGAAAUGUAAGGAAGAGGGAAAGUUGCGUUCCUUUGAAAGAGGCACAAAAGAGGAUAGUAAAAAAAGUGCUUCUCACAUGCAUGUCAGUAGUGCUGAUAAUAGAAAUGGUAAUAAUCUCAAGGAUGUGAAUUCUCAAAAUAGAGAAGAAAAACAUGGUACAGACAAAAACAACAUGAACCUCAACUUUAGCAGCGCUUCUGCACAUUAUUAUAAUCACAAGUGGGCGAAGGGCAAAAAAGAACCUGCCAUAGUUGAUAGUAAGAGAGCCAUUCAUAAUGGAAGAAUCAAGUCUGCCUGUGCAGGUGAUCAUAAGGGGGAGAGUGCGAGAGAAGAUGGGAACGCAUAUGCUCAUGAACGCAUCGGUGGUCUCAACUGCACCGAUAACUUUCACGAUAACUUCCACGAUAACUUCCACGAUAACUGCAUCGAUAACUGCAUCGAUAACUGCAAUGACAACUGCAAUGAUAGGUGCAAGCACAACGCUGAGGGGUCCAAUAGCAAAAGUGAUAAGAAGAAGCGCCCUGAAAAAAAAGCCUCAGAACAAAUGGGAGAAGAAGGCAUAAAUGAGGGACAUUUGAAGAUUAUAACUGGAAAACAUCAGAUGGGUACAAACAAUGGUAAUAAUGAUGCAAGUGCAAGGAACUCCAGGAGGAAUAUCCCCAAUUUCACGGGAGAAGAUGAUGAAAGGAAUAGAAGUAAAUAUUUGAAUCUAUUCUAUAAAAAUGAACUUUACAACAAAAUGAGUCAUUUUUCUUCUUCUUCGAUCGAUAUGAAAUAUGUACUUUCAAAUGCACUUUUAAAUUUCUCUUUAGAAAAAAAGAAGAAAUAUUUUACAUGUAUUAAUAAAAAGAUUAAUGAUCUUAUAAAAACAGAAGUAACUGUGGGGAUUCCAGAUUUCUUAAGAGGAUUUGUAUGGCAAAUUUUAUUGCAAUCGUAUGAAUAUAAAAAGGGCAAUAAUGAAAUGGGAGGGAUUAAGGUGGGUUGUAAUGGAAAGAGGAAAAGCUACUACGAAUACUACUUAAGUAUAAAUAAUAAAUAUGAAGUUGCAAUUAAAAAAGAUAUGAACAGAACGUACCCAAAACAUAUUUUAUUUAAAAAUAAUUAUGAAAAAGGACAGAAAACAUUAUUUAAUGUUUUAAAAGCUUAUAGUAAUUAUAAUAAAGACUUGGGUUAUUGUCAAGGAAUGGCUUUUAUAGUUGCAACUUUUAUUUUGUAUAUGAAUGAAGAAGAUGCUUUUUUUAUGUUAAUAGCUUUGAUAGAUAAAUUUAAAUUGAAUGACUUAUUUUCAUCAGAUAUGUCUUUAUUAAAUGAAUAUUUAUACAUAUUGGAUAAAUUAUUAUUAAUCUCUUUUCCAAAAAUAUAUUAUCAUUUACAGAAGGAAAAUGUGCACUCAAGCAUGUAUGCCUCUCAGUGGUUUAUAACUCUUUUUUCUUACAACAUAAACAUAAUGUAUGCCGUUCGUAUAUGGGACAUGUUUUUUAUUCACAAUCACCCUUUUCUUUUUAAAGUGGCUCUUGCUUAUUUUAAAUUACAAGAAGAGGUAAUACUACGAGAAUCCUUUGAAGACAUUCUGAAUAGACUAAAGGUGCUGUCAAAGCACGUUGAACUGGAUUUGUUAAUUGAAACAGCAUUAGAUCUGAAGGUAUCUAGAGCGUUAAUUGGAAAGAUAUCUUCAGAAUAUCGAAGCACGAGGUGA